AUGAGGAGGUUGGGUUGUGAUCCCAUCGUUUUUGUGGUGCCAGAAACAAGGGGGGUGCCAGGAAGUGGGUAUGUUGACUUACCCGUACGAGGUGACCUGACCUCUCUAGAGAUCCUCCGCCAGGAAAGCAAAGCAGCAGACAUCGUGAUCCACCUAGCCACGGCUUAUGUAUUCGGUGGCGAGCCCUACGAGACUUUCAGACCCAUAGACACCGCAGCCGUCGACGCCAUCGCCGAUGCUCUGGCAGGCACCGACAAGCCCCUCGUCGUUACGUCCGGUACUCUCUGCGUCGCGGCAGACCCUACCGGAGCAGAGACUACCGAGGCAUCGCCGGCGGACCCGGCACCCAUCAACACCCGUAUCUUGACCGAACUGCACUCGCUGGACCUCGAAAAGAGAGGGGUUCGCGUCAUGUCGGUCCGGCUGGCGCCCUAUGUCUACGGCCGGGGCGGCAGCGGUGUAGCGCAGUUCAUGAGUAUCGCAGCGCAGACUGGCGGGGUGACGAUUGUCGACGGUGGGAAGAACCGGACUACAAAUGUGCACGUUGACGAUGCGGCGAGACUCUUUCUCCUAGCCGCUGAGAAGGGACUAGCAGGAGAGAUUUAUAACGCGAGUUCGGCGACAGAUGUGACCUCCUUCCAGAUCUCUGAGGCUAUUGCUGCUGCUGUUCAUGUUUCACUGAGGAAUAUCAGCCUAGAGGUUGCACAGGCGCAGCUGGGGCAAACUAUCUCCUUCUUCCUGUCUACAGAGAAUAGGGCGUCUGGUGCAAAGGCCAGAAAAGAGCUGGGCUGGGAUCCCCGAGGUCUGGGCAUCUUGGAGGACAUCAGCAAGGGUUCGUACGUGGAAGUUGCCAAGGCCUUCGAGAAGUAG